CUCGCCGUUCCCUUUGUUUUUUUGCCAAUCGUCCGCUGCCCGGAACAGCUGCAAUUUCCCCGACGGGAUGUGCUCUGAUCACGAAUGCCCUCCCGGAAAACGACGCGAAAUGGAUUCAAAAACGGCAGACACGCCGAUCAACGAAUUGGGCGACGAUCUCCUCCGAGAAAUUUUGAUUCGCCUCCCAAACCCUAGGUUCACCUCCCGCUGCAAACCGGUAUGCAAGCAGUGGAACUCCCUGAUCUCAAAUCCCUCCUUCCGUGGCCGUUUCAUUUCUCACCACCAGAGAAAGAACGAAAGCGGGGGAGAGCCCUCUGUUCUGAUACUUCCCGCCGCCGGGGGCGGCAUUUAGAUGACACAAACACACACCCCACACGACCUAACCAGUUUAAGAAAGAAUAUAAACAGGAGAGCAUCAACAACAAGCAGCUAGCUACCUAGCGAAAGAACGAAUAGAAAUUUUAUGGACGAGCAAGAAGAUGUUGCAUGGUAGGAUUAGCAGGAAUGCACUAGAGAUGUAUGUUGGACAAAGUUGAGAAGGGUGACUCUAAUUCUUUCUGUGCUCAAUACUGUUUCCAUCUACGUGAUGCUA